GUGCGGCACGUGGGUCACACACGUUUUAAAGGAAGUACUGUACAUAUAAAGCACCGUAAUUCCUUUGCCGACUGAGACAACCGAAACUUGAUGUAGUUGAGUAGUGCCUCAGUCGGAGAGGUAUUUCAUCCUUCAGUAUUGACUAACACUCAGAUGCAAGCAUCAAGUUCCUGAAUGUCACUGACACAUCCCCCUUUUUCACAAUGGAAGAAAUAGAGUACAAACUGAAGCAGAAAAACACUGUCAUUAUAGUAAAUGCAAUUGCAAAAUUGGUGGAUACUGCCAGAGACAGAAAUGAAUCAAACCCAGCUCAAAUACACCAGCUUCCUGAGUUGAAAUUGCUGUGGCAGAAGUGUGAAGAUGCUGAUCCAGUCAUCAGCAUUACUGCGUGUCAGGGAAUUAUCACCCUGGUGGAAUUUGGAGUGCUUGCAGUUGGGCCAACAUUGUCACAUUUCAUUUCUGCUUUGACAUCUGCCUCGAAUUACAUUGGAAUAAUUAAUGCUAUUGGCAGUUUGCUGAUACUGGACAUGAAAACUCAGAUUUCUGAAAAACGUCAUUACCAGUGUCCAUUUGCGUUGCAAGUGCCUCAACAUCCUUUAUUGAUUCUUCUGAGGCACAAAAAUGAUGUGUGGCCUGACAUACUGAGUCAGAUACAGUUCCUGUGUAAAAACAAUGAAGAAAUAGUUUCAAAGAACAGUAUUGAAUUGCUUCGUCCACUGCUCUUAUAUGUGUUGUGUGAUCCAGCUCAUCCACGAAGUUUGCCUUCUGUUUGUCGCCGGGAAGUGUGGGAGCUACUUGUAUUAAACUUUCAUCACAAAGAGGUGAAAUCAUUUUUGAUGGAAACUUUAUUGUGGUUACAGGUGGAAAAUGAACAGCAGUGUGUGAGCACAAGCCAACUGCUCCUGGCAUUCUUCAUGGCUUCACAGCAAAGUGGUGACCUGCUUCUCUGUGCAGCACUUGCUCCGAGCAUAGCUUCUGUGACUGUUGGCUUGAUAAAAGGUGGUCAUGAUCCUCGGAAUUGUCUGGCUGCAUUGGCCAUGUCAACACCACCUGAGGCUGUCUCUACAACACUGACAGUACUGGUUGAAGGUGUUGUAAUUUGUCCUGCAGCAUAUCUUCAUGAUUAUUUGAUUACGUGUAAAUCACUUGUUACUCAAAAAUCAACUAAUGUAAUGGCUGCAAAGAUGUUGACAUGUGCUUUACUCCAGUGGUUGAUAUACCCUACAUACUUGGCUGGUGAAGCAUUGCAAUUGGCAAAUGACAUACAUUCAUAUAUAAAUGCAAACCAUGUGUGGGGAAGCCAUACUGGUCGUCUUUCCACAAACAAGUGGUUUUCUGGUGUGCGUGUAUCAGAUAAUCGUGUGAACAUUGCAGUUCAAUUGUGUCGUUUGUCUGAGCAGUGGCAGAGUAAUCCUAAUACUAUUUCUCAAUGGUUAAAAAAAAUGGCAUCAGCACCGAGUUGCAUUACUGAUAAACUACGUUGGUUCAUAUCUGCUCUUUUCAUUCAUAUUUUUGACCAAGAUGCAGAGAGACAAGAAUGCCUUUCAGUUUUGCUGAAAAUGGUGGAUAAAAAUAAUGAACUCUCUUCAAGUAUUAUGACACUUAUACUGUACAAACUGGCUGAAGAGAGAGAUCCAACAAUGCAGCUGGAAUUACUUCAGAAAUUACCUGAAAUGGCAGUACAGAAGGAAAACAUACCAUUGAUUGUACACACACUUGAAACAUUGAAAAACAAGCAGCCUCUGAAGAGUCUGAUUGUAGAUUUGUACACAAGACUGUGGAAAAUAGAAUGCCGGUGCUACCCAUAUCUUCAGAAAUUGCUUCAAGAACCAAUAAAAGAUGGUGAAGAAUACUGGGAAUUAAAUGUUGCAAAGGCACUGGCAAUGAAACAGAUCUGUGAAACGAGGCCUGCUCAACAUGGAGAAGAACUUGUUUCUCUACUCUCAGACAUUUUGAACAAGUGUAGUGGUGUUCAAGGUAGUCUUCCAUCAUCCAUAGCCAUUGAAGCCAUUGCUGCCUUGUGUUCAGCUGAUAUUGUGGACAUCACGACAACGUGGAAAAGUCUAGCACCAAGGCUAAGUCGAGAUAAAAGGCCUGCUGUCAUCAGAAGUCUCUGUAAGCUGUUUUCCUUGGUACCAACUCUGAGAUCAUCAGGAACAGCUUAUGAGAAUCUUGUAAAGGAAGUUGUAGCCAAACUUUGGUCAUACAUUUCAACAAACGAAAACAUUGAUGUCAUCAAAUCUGCAUUUGAGGCACUCUCAAAGUUUGAUCUCUCGCAGCUUAGCCUUCAAACUCUUCCGGAAUCUUAUCGACAGAAUCUCAAACUACCAAGAGAGUACGCAAAGACACCAGUGGAUGCUGCAAGGCGACCAGAGGAUGUUCUGCCAUACAUUCCGAGUGAAUGCUGGGGACAAAUGCUUUUAGGUGUGAAGAGUGAGGCACUAGAAUCAGCAGGACAAGCAUUGCGUCAGUGGCUUAAUACCGAGUUCCUCUGUUUUCGUGGAGGUGUGUAUCACCUACCACCAGGCAGAAGUGAACCUGACACAUAUUCAAGUCUGCCACACCACUGUGUCUGCAGAGGAGUAGUUGGUCUUGCUGUCUCUCUCUCAAAGCAGUCAGAUCUUCCAGAGAAAGAAAGACUGGUUGCAAAGGAGUGUCUUAGGGUGUUGGGUUACAGUUAUCCAAAACCCUUGCCUCCCCUCAACUGGAACUUUCUUGAUGACUUCAUUAAUUGUGGAAAAGAUAUAAGGGAGUGUGCACUAACUGUGGCAGCUAAACAGUCAGCCACUUCUCCAUCUGCAAGAAAGUUUCUAGAAGAUUUUGUUUGUAAACUAAACAUUUCAUUGGACUUGAAAGAUGACAUCUCCACCUUAUUCAACAACUUUUCAGACUUAUGUAGAGGACUCCCUCCUAAUGUUCUGAAACCAUUUGUUGAAAAGUCGUUGCUUUUAGCUUUGGAGCACUCAAAAAUAGAUGAAGGUGAAGAUAAUUCUGAAAUGCAGCUGUUUUUUAACAAAAUGCUUUCUCAAAUCAAAGCUGCUAUGCAGAAAGAAAACAUUCAUGAUGCAAAUAGAACAAUGGUGGCAAUUGUUGUGGAAAGUUUGUUGGAAAAGCUUGAUGCUGAUCACCCAAUGUUUGCUGCCUAUGUGGACUGUGUAACUGAGCUACCUACAAAAAACAUUGAGCGAAUGAGUUCCCCUUCUAAUUGGUGGGAAGUCACAGCAGAAAAGUUACGUCUUGCCCUUCAUAUCCGUAGUGCCAUGGCUCGCAGGACUGACACAGACGUUCCACUUACCUGGCUGAAUGAGUGCAUUGAUGCAACUGCUUCCUUAACAGGUGAGCACACAACUGUUCUGAAAGUAGCAGCCACCUUAAUGGCCGACUGUUGGGACCGUGACUCCAACUGCUUAUGGACUUUGGAACUAAUGGGUCAGAUUCAAAAAAUUGUUAGCAGUCAGGAAGACACAUCAAACCAACAAGCUGUGAUACUGUGGUGGGAUGUUUUGAUUCUCACUGUGAUUGUAAUGUGUGGUAAUUAUUGCUUUUUGCCCUCACUGGAACUUAUUGCCAGCAACAGAGAAUAUAGACUGCAAUUAUUCCCAACAGCGCUUCCAUGUCUCUUAUCAAUGGAGAGAUGGAAAGAUAUUUUGCCACAGAUGACAGAAUGGUUAUUUCAUAUGUGCAAGUCCAGUGUAGCAUCACCAUUAUAUGCAGCAGUAUUUUAUGAUGGCUUAGUAAGUUUGCACCAUACAAAAUAUUUCAAAGAAAACACAGUUUGGAUGAAAAUUGUUAAUCUUCGAUCACCAAGAAAUUUUAUUUAGUGAACAUACAAGUUGUGUAGCUCAUAACAUUAUUGUAACAAAGCUUGUUUGGCAAUUAAAAACAAUUAUGCUAACAAUGCA